AUGGCGCCCACACUUUCUGGCGACGAGAUCGAUGAUUUGAUCUACCUGGCACGGGCAGCCGAGGAUGCAGAGCUUACAGAGCUGCUCAAGGAGCUAGCAGAGCGGGAAAAGGUUUCAAUCGCCGACGUGCUGGAGGCUGCAAGGGAUGAAGGAAAGGCGACGUGCUUGCACAUGGCAGCCGCAAAUGGACAUUCGAAAACCGUGACACACAUUCUCUCACACCUGCCCACAUCAUCACUGCCCUCACCGGCACCCAGCAGCACAUCGCCAUCGGCGUCGACAACGGCACCGCCCGAGUCGUAUAUCAACGUGGCCAACGAGUACGGCAACACGGCGCUGCACUGGGCGUGUCUGGGCGGGCACCUCGACACCAUCAAGCUGCUGCUGUCGCGGGGCGCCAACCCUACCGUGGCCAACGCCAGGGACCAGAUCCCGCUCGACUGCGCCGCCUUCAACAACCACAUGCAUGUCGUGGAGUUCUUCUUGUCGCAGAGCCGGCACAAGGAGGAGCAGAACGCCAAGGAAGGCGGCCUCGAGGGCGCUGUUGGUGCUGUCGAGAUGGAGGUUGAGGAGGUUGAGGAGGAGGCUGGUGAGAGCAGUAAGACUGCCGCUUGA